GAAUGAUAGUCUUUUUGAUAGCAGAAGUCUAAGAAGAAAAAUAGAAGAAUUUACUGAGUUGUUAAUUCAAAGAGAAAAUCAAACUGGUCUAUGUUUAGAAAUCAAUAAUGAUAGAAUUAAUCUUGAUAAUAUUUGUGCAAACCCAGAAGUUUCAUAUCAACAAAUAGUAGACAGCAUAUAA